GAUCGUUCUCCUAGCUCCACCCUCCAUUAUUCAGACUGAUUAUGUGUGGUUGUUGCGCGGAGAAGGGAGUCUGCGAGGAGAGAGACACACACAGUAACUAGGCUACACAUCCAACGGGGUAAACCUGGACGAAAGAACAGGAUUUUAUUGCACAUUUUAACGGUAACAAAAUCAAAUUGGAUUGUAAUACGUAAGUCGCUUGAAGAAGGGACAUUUCGGUAGGAGUUUUUCCCCAAAGCAGUGUGCCUUCUCAACCUUCAUACACAGACUUCUAGUAGUUUGGAUAGGCUUGUCCGCCGGGGGAGAGUUUGUUGUGUAGCUCUAGCUGGUUAUUUUGUUGCGCGUUAGGCGCUCUAGUUGUUGUUGAACUAUGGCGCUCAAGGCGAGGGCUUUAUACGAAUUCAAUUCCGAAAACCCCGGGGAGAUAUCAGUGAAAGAAAAUGAAAUAGUGACUCUGUACAGCGAACAGGACAUUGAAGGCUGGCUAGAAGGAUCCAACAGCAAAGGCGAGAGAGGUCUCUUCCCCGCGUCCUACGUUGAGAUCCUGAAGAACGACACCGCGUCCACGUUUAACAACAGCACAUCUGGAUCCCGAUACGCCAAUAUUCCAACCGGAGGUUUCGGGGAUGCCUCCUCUUAUAACAUCCAGAAUCAUACUGACAACUUGUCCAAAACAUCAGUAACAUCGCCCGGGCUUACAGCGUUGUCACCGCCUGCCCCAGCACAGCAGCAACACAUUUAUCAAGCCAGCCAGGGCAGCGACGAAGACUGGGAUGAUGACUGGGAUGACAGCUCGACAGUGGCGGACGAACCCGGGGUUGUUGGGGUCAAUUACCAAAGGGACUUUGAUGGCAACGGACCGUCUACAUACAGAAUGUCAACAUCGAUGUCUAAAGGUAGCAACGUUCAACAAGCCAAGAGCUCUGCUACGGUCAGUAGAAACCUCAAUAGGUUUUCAACAUUUGUGAAAUCAGGAGGGGAAGCGUUCGUGUUAGGUGAGGCAGCUGGGUUUGUGAAAGACGGGGAUAAGAUCUGUGUUGUAACGGGACAAUACGGUCCAGAAUGGCAGGAAAACCCAUACCCCUUCGCCUGUACCAUAGACGACCCCACCAAGCAGACCAAGUUCAAAGGGAUGAAGAGUUACAUUGCCUACAAGCUGACGCCCACCCACACACAGACCCAGGUAAACAGGAGGUAUAAACACUUUGACUGGCUCUACGGCCGGCUGGUGGAGAAGUUCCCUGUCAUCUCGGUGCCCCACAUCCCAGAGAAACAGGCCACGGGGCGGUUUGAGGAGGACUUCAUCUCUAAAAGGAGGAAAGGGUUGAUAUGGUGGAUGAGUCACAUGACCAGCCACCCGGUCCUGUCCAAAUGUGAUGUCUUUCAGCACUUCCUCACCUGCAACAGCACAGACGAGAAGUCAUGGAAGCAGGGGAAGAGGAAGGCGGAGAAGGACGAGAUGGUGGGGGCUAACUUCUUUCUCACAAUCUCCACGCCCUCCGGACCCCCCCUGGACCUGGUUGAGGUCGAGUCCAAGAUUGACGGCUUCAAAGCUUUCACCAAGAAAAUGGACGACAGCGUGGUCCAAGUCAACGCCACCACCAACGAGUUCGCCCGGAAACAGAUCACGGGGUUUAAGAAGGAGUACCAGAAAGUGGGCCAGGCGUUUAAAGUCCUGGGGCAGGCGUUUGAGCUGGACCAGCAGGCGUAUUCAGUAGGGUUGAACCAGGCCAUAGCGUAUACAGGAGAGGCAUACGAUGCUAUCGGAGACUACUUUGCAGAGCAGCCAAGACAAGAUGUGGAUCCGUUAAUGGAUUUGUUACAGCUGUACCAGGGACAUCUGGCCAACUACCCUGACAUCAUCCACGUACAGAAAGGAGCACUUACCAAGGUGAAGGAGUCCCAGAAGCACGUUGAGGAAGGCAAGAUGGACGCUCCCCAGGCGGACGGCGUCAACGAGCGCUGUAACAUCAUCUCCUUCGCCACGCUGGCAGAGAUCCAGCACUUCCAUCAGGUCCGGGUGAGGGAUUUCAAGGCCCAGAUGCAGCAGUAUCUAACCGAGCAGAUUGGCUUCUUCCAGAAGAUCACCGGAAAGCUGGAGGAGGCCCUGCAGAAGUAUGACAAUGCUUAGAGUAGAGGGGGGAGACUAAUAGACACCCCUGAUCUGGUCUAAAUCCGAUUGACCACGUUCUGAUUGGUCGAGAUCUCAUAUCCGACCCCCCCUUCCCCGAUUGGUCCAGAAAUGACCCUUGACCUCCCUCAGUCGGCCAAUCAUUUUAGCCCCAGGUGGACAUUACCUUCAACUGCCAAACAGCAAUACAAUCCACUGUGAGAAGACACAGACAACACUGACCGACCUGGAUAGUUCCCUGAAGGCUGGAUAGUUCCCUGAAGGCUGAAUAGUCCCCUGAAGGCUGAAUAGUCCCCUGAAGGCUGGAUAGUCCCCUGAAGGCUGGAUGUUGAUUCCAUGUAUGGUGGCUACUGUUUUGAAGGGGCUUGAGUUGACUGGUUUUGUUUAAAUGGGUUUUAAUGCAGUGUUGUUUUUCCUGGAUCAAAAUGGGGCUUGGGUGGUGGGCGUGGCCAUGGGCGUGACAAAAUGUAUCUGUUUUAAAGCUAAUCUCCUGCAAUUCUACACAUUUUGCCAUGUGGCUAUGAGAACAUUUGCAGUUUUUUAAAGCUUAUAUCCUAUAAUUCUACACAUUUUGCCAUGUGGUUUAUGCUGUCUGAGUGGCUCAAACAUUCUAAUGAAAUGAAUGGGGGCCCCAUGCCAUGACAAAUAUUCCUGAAUGCAUCAUUUUUUUUAUUUUAGAUUCUCCCUGACAGUCUGGCUUUUGUAAUGGUGAUUGUUACUUUUUACAGAGGCUGUUAUUUAAGAAAUAUAUAUAUAUAUUAGUUUUUCUACAUACUUUAUAUCUUGUUUUAGUCGUUUUUAAGUUUACACUGAAAAAUGUUUUUCCAUAUUUUUUUUUAUUUUACUGUUUGGCCAUAGACGGUCCGAAAACAACACUGAGGCAGCGCACAGCCCAAUGCUUUUCUAUGUAGAGAAAACACUGAGGCAGCGCACAGCCCAAUGCUUUUCUAUGUAGAGAAAACACUGAGGCAGCGGACAGCCCAAUGCUUUUCUAUGUAGAGAAAACACUGAGGCAGCGCACAGCCCAAUGCUUUUCUAUGUAGAGAAAACACUGAGGCAGCGCACAGCCCAAUGCUUUUCUAUGUAGAGAAAACACUGAGGCAGCAGACAGCCCAAUGCUUUUCUAUGUAGAGAAAACACUGAGGCAGCAGACAGCCCAAUGCUUUUCUAUGUAGAGAAAACACUGAGGCAGCGGACAGCCCAAUGCUUUUCUAUGUAGAGAAAACACUGAGGCAGCGAACAGCCCAAUGCUUUCCUAUGUAGAGAAAACACUGAGGCAGCGAACAGCCCAAUGCUUUUCUAUGUAGAGAAAACACUGAGGCAGCGGACAGCCCAAUGCUUUCCUAUGUAGAGAAAACACUGAGGCAGCAAACAGCCCAAUGCUUUCCUAUGUAGAGAAAACACUGAGGCAGCGGACAGCCCAAUGCUUUUCUAUGUAGAGAAAACACUGAGGCGGUUUAGGAGGUGAGCCACUCAGACGUGAGGAUGCAGAAGGUCGUUAAAGCUUCUAUAAAGCUUCUGUUUUUGAUCGACAACGAGGCAAACCUCGGUUGGUUGUAAGUGUUGAUUUAACGAGGGCUAUCCUCGUCGCGAUUUGGUUUGGUAGGUGUCGUAGUCCAGCGAGUGGGUGGAUAUGCUUAUUAUCUUAAUUAUUGAUGAAUUAUUAUCUUAAUUAUUGAUUAAUUAUUAUCUUAAUCGUGACUUAAGACAGAGGGGGACGAUCAAAAUACCCUCUCCUGUAAACUUGUUAUUCCCUACAGCUGCUUGUAGCUACACGGGGAGGUAUCUUAACCUUGUAGAUCACACUAUGUCCACUAAACCUGUUUUAAACAACGUGACUGGUUAGUAAGAAGGAGUCCCAUAAAGGGACAGUGUUCAGAGGGGGGAGUCUCUACCUUAAAGCAAUGCUGUUUAGUGGCUUCAAACCGUUAUAAUGCUGCCUUCUGCCAUAACACUUGAGCUCCUCAUAGUGUGUGUCCCAAAUGUCUUCAUACUUCCUAGUAUAUAGUGCACUACUUUUGGCCAGAGCCCCUAUGCGUAGUGCGCUAUAUAGGGGAAUAGUGUUCCAUUUGGGAAGUCCCAUCUCACACAGACUCCUAGCAGACCAGACAACCGGACUUGUGCCUUCUUUUUUUGGAUUGUCUCUCUCUGAUGAUACAUUAUUUUAAUUUUUUUUAAAUAACUUCUAUAAAGGUUUAUGUAAUAUAAAUAUAUUCUCAUAUUUAGUUUUUAAGAUGCUUGUUUAUUGCAAAUAUUAUAGAAAGGUUAUCAAGGACCACGCGAUGCUUUUGGACUUGUGUUUUGUUGGAGUGGAGAGAAGUGCCCAGCUGAUGGGGAGCAGAGUCCGUCUGGACUGCUUGGAGUGCUGACCUCAAUGAUUCUCCCUUCAGAGACUGACGUCUGAUUCAGGGGCGUCAAUGUAGAGCACGUGACUGGAUCAUUCUGACUGGGACAAGGCUGAUUUACACAGAGAGGAAGAAAGCGACACCUGCGCUCGGUGGGAUAACCUGUUCUGUUCUUACUGCAGGCUUGGAUUCCCAUUCAGUGGAUAUCAUGGGACCAUGAACUCUGCCUGCUUAAAGGUUCAGAGCCUUGGAGCGCAAAGGAACAUGUCUCAGACUGAAAUGGACUGGACAGUCGGCUCAGACUGAAAUGGACUGGACAGUCGGCUCGGACUGAAAUGGAUUAACACAGACUGAAAUGGACUGGACAGUCGGCUCGGACUGAAAUGGAUUAACACAGACUGAAAUGGACUGGACAGUCGGCUCAGACUGAAAUGGAUUAACACAGACUGAAAUGGACUGGACAGUCGGCUCAGACUGAAAUGGACUGGACAGUCGGCUCGGACUGAAAUGGAUUAACACAGACUGAAAUGGACUGGACAGUCGGCUCGGACUGAAAUGGAUUAACACAGACUGAAAUGGACUGGACAGUCGGCUCAGACUUAAAUGGAUUAACACAGACUGAAAUGGACUGGACAGUCGGCUCAGACUGAAACUAAACUGGACAUUUUAGCCCUCCCUGAAAUCACAAAGUUAUUUGGAAAAAAAUGACUCUAAAUAUUAUUCUUGCACAAUGUUAAUCUUUUUAACUUUAAUUUUUUUUUAAGGUUGAUGGAUGUUAGUCUGUCAGUCAGACUGGUUGAUGGGUAGACAUCCUUCCUCUCCUGUUAUUAAUUGUCUACUGAUCCUAGUACAGAUCUGGACACCUCAGCCAGCCUGACUCUCCUGUUAUUUCAACUUAUGUGCCAGUUUUCGUGUCGAGUCAGAGACUAAAUAAACUACAUAAACUCCU